AAGAAUGUUUGUGUUCAUUAUAGAAGAAGUUGGAUUCCAUGGGUUCCAAGAGGCGAAGAGCUACUUCUCCUUCCAGCAGCGUCAGCGGCGGAGAUUUCGAUGAUGCCCAUCACUCCACCAAUAUACCAGGCCCAAGCAGGAAGAGGAGGAGACUUUCCAAUCUCCCAACUGUAGAUCCUAUUGCUGUCUGCCAUGAGCUCUACAACACCAUCAGAGACUACAAAGAUGAGCAGGGCAGGCUCCUUUGUGAGCUCUUCAUCAGGGCACCAAAGAGAAGAAAUCAGCCAGAUUAUUAUGAAGUGGUUUCUCAGCCAAUUGAUUUAAUGAAAAUCCAACAAAAGCUGAAGAUGGAAGAAUAUGAUGAUGUGAAUGUGCUGACUGCUGAUUUCCAGCUUCUCUUUAACAAUGCUAAGGCUUACUAUAAGCCAGAUUCYCCUGAAUAUAAAGCUGCCUGCAAACUAUGGGAGCUGUAUUUGCGCACAAAAAAUGAAUUUGUUCAGAAAGGUGAUGCUGAGGAGGACGAUGAUGAUGAGGAAGGACAUGACAAUCAAGCAAAUUCUGAAUUAUCAUCUCCAGGUUACCUGAAGGAAAUUCUGGAGCAGCUUCUUGAAGCUAUAGCUGUUGCCACAAACCCAUCAGGACGCCUCAUAAGUGAACUGUUUCAGAAACUUCCUUCUAAAGUGCAAUAUCCAGAUUAUUAUGCAAUAAUAAAGGAGCCCAUAGAUCUUAAAACUAUUGCCCAAAGGAUACAGAAUGGAACUUAUAAAAGCAUUCAUGCCAUGGCCAAGGACAUAGAUCUUCUGGCAAAGAAUGCCAAAACCUACAAUGAGCCUGGAUCCCAAGUAUUCAAGGAUGCAAAUGCGAUUAAAAAGAUAUUUAAUAUGAAAAAGGCUGAGAUUGAACACAGUGAGUUGGCCAAGUCAAGUCUCCGAAUCAGUAACAAAAGAUCAGCCCAAGGGGAUCGUUUAUCAGCAAUAACCAUGGCAUUGCAAUAUGGAUCAGAAAGCGAUGAAGAUGCAGCUUUGGCUGCUGCUGCUCGUUAUGAAGAGGGGGAAUCUGAGGCUGAGAGCAUUACUUCCUUCAUGGACACUUCUAAUCCUCUUUACCAGCUUUAUGACACAGUCAGAAGUUGCCGAAAUAACCAGGGCCAGCUCAUCUCUGAACCCUUUUUCCACUUGCCCUCCAAGAAAAAGUAUCCUGAUUAUUAUCAGCAGAUUAAAACACCCAUUUCAUUGCAGCAGAUCAGAACCAAGCUGAAGAACCAUGAAUAYGAAACUUUAGAUCAGUUGGAGGCUGAUCUGAAUUUGAUGUUUGAAAAUGCCAAGCGCUACAAUGUUCCCAAUUCUGCCAUCUAUAAAAGGGUGCUGAAAAUGCAGCAGGUUAUGCAGGCAAAAAAGAAGGAGCUUGCUAGGAGAGAUGACAUCGAGGAUGGGGACAGUAUGAUUUCUUCUGCUACAUCUGAUACUGGAAGCUCAAAAAGGAAAAGUAAAAAGAACAUACGAAAGCAGCGGAUGAAGAUCUUGUACAAUGCAGUUCUAGAAGCUCGGGAGCCAGGCACGGGCAGGCGGCUCUGUGAUCUGUUCAUGGUUAAGCCAUCCAAAAAGGACUAUCCAGACUACUACAAAAUUAUCUUGGAACCAAUGGACUUGAAGAUGAUAGAGCACAACAUCCGCAAUGACAAGUACGUGGCAGAAGAGGCCAUGAUUGAGGACAUGAAGCUCAUGUUCCGCAAUGCCAGGCAUUACAACGAGGAAGGCUCCCAGGUGUACAAUGAUGCCCAUAUGCUGGAAAAGAUCCUUAAAGAAAAAAGGAAAGAGCUGGGACCCUUGGCUGAAGAUGAUGAUGUUGCAUCCCCUAAACUAAAGCUAAGUAGAAAAAGUGGCAUUUCUCCUAAAAAAUCCAAGUACAUGACUCCAAUGCAGCAGAAGCUGAAYGAGGUGUACGAGGCGGUGAAGAACUACACGGACAAGCGCGGCCGGCGGCUGAGUGCCAUCUUCCUGCGGCUGCCGUCCCGCUCCGAGCUCCCCGACUACUACGUGACCAUCAAAAAACCCGUGGACAUGGAAAAGAUCAGGAGCCACAUGAUGGCAAAUAAAUACCAGGAUAUCGACUCCAUGGUGGAGGACUUUGUCAUGAUGUUCAAUAACGCUUGCACGUAUAAUGARCCGGAAUCUUUGAUUUAUAAAGAUGCCUUGGUCCUGCAUAAAGUUCUGCUUGAAACUCGGAGAGAAAUAGAAGGAGAUGAGGAUUCUCAUGUGCCCAAUGUCACUCUGCUAAUUCAAGAACUUAUCCAUAACCUCUUUGUGUCCGUUAUGAGCCACCAGGAUGAUGAGGGCAGAUGCUAUAGUGACUCCUUAGCUGAGAUUCCUGCUGUUGAUCCCAACUUCCCAAAUAAACCUCCUCUAACUUUUGAUAUUAUCCGAAAAAAUGUUGAAAAUAAUCGCUAUAGAAGAUUGGACUUGUUCCAGGAGAAUAUGUUUGAGGUACUGGAGAGGGCACGGAGAAUGAACAGGACUGAUUCAGAGAUCUACGAGGAUGCAGUGGAACUUCAGCAGUUCUUUAUUAAAAUUCGAGAUGAACUUUGUAAAAAUGGAGAGAUUCUGCUGUCCCCCGCUCUCAGCUACACCACCAAGCAUCUUCACAAUGAUGUAGAAAAGGAAAAGAAAGAAAAGCUACCCAAAGAAAUAGAAGAGGAUAAGCUCAAAAGGGAGGAGGAGAAGAGAGAAGCUGAAAAGAGUGAAGAUUCCUCUGGAUCAGCUGGGCUGUCAAGUUUGCAUCGGACCUACAGCCAGGACUGCAGCUUCAAGAACAGCAUGUACCAUGUGGGAGAUUAUGUGUAUGUGGAGCCUGCAGAAGCCAACUUGCAGCCUCACAUCGUCUGCAUUGAGAGGCUGUGGGAAGAUUCAGCUGGAGAGAAAUGGCUCUAUGGCUGCUGGUUUUAUCGACCAAAUGAAACGUUUCAUCUUGCAACACGAAAAUUCCUGGAGAAAGAAGUUUUCAAAAGUGAUUAUUACAAUAAAGUUCCUGUUAGCAAAAUUUUAGGCAAAUGUGUGGUCAUGUUUGUCAAGGAAUAUUUUAAAUUGUGUCCUGAAAACUUCAGAGAUGAGGAUGUGUAUGUCUGCGAGUCGCGCUAUUCUGCAAAGACGAAGUCCUUUAAGAAGAUUAARCUGUGGACUAUGCCUGUGAGCUCUGUCAGAUUUGUCCCACGAGAUGUGCCCCUGCCCGUGGUCAGAGUCGCUUCUGUGUUUGCCAACACAGACAAAGUAGAUGAGGAGAAACACAGUGAAACACUGGAGGACAGUAAGGUGGGAGAAAGUAUCCUUCAUCUUGAAAAGGACAAAGAAGAUGUUCCAGUAGAAAUGUCCAAUGGAGAACCUGGUUGCCAUUACUUUGAACAGCUCUGCUACAAUGACAUGUGGCUGAAGGUUGGGGACUGUGUGUUCAUCAAAUCACACGGGCUGGUGCGGCCUCGAGUGGGAAGAAUUGAGAAGAUGUGGGUGCGAGAUGGAGCUGCAUAUUUCUUUGGUCCAAUCUUUAUACAUCCUGAGGAAACUGAACAUGAGCCAACUAAAAUGUUCUACAAGAAAGAGGUGUUUUUGAGUAACUUGGAGGAGACCUGUCCCAUGACUUGCAUUUUGGGAAAGUGUGUCGUUCUGUCAUUCAAAGACUUCCUCUCCUGCAGACCAACAGAAAUCUCCGAAAACGAUGUUUUUCUUUGCGAGAGCCGCUACAACGAAAGUGACAAACAGAUGAAGAAAUUCAAAGGGCUGAAGAGAUUUUCACUGUCUGCGAAAGUUGUAGAUGAUGAAAUAUAUUAUUUUAGAAAGCCCAUAGUUCCUCAGAAGGAGCCAUCUCCUCUACUGGAAAAGAAGAUUCAGCAGCUGGAAGCAAAAUUUGCUGAGUUGGAAGGAGGUGAUGAGGACAUGGAAGAGAUGGGAGAAGAGGAAGGUGAUAUGAGUGAAACACCUUCCAUGCCUCAGCUUCAGGCCCCCUUAGCCAGUGAUUUGGAUAUAAUGCCUUAUACUCCACCACAGUCCACUCCCAAGUCUGUUAAGGGCAGCACCAAGAAGGAGGGAUCAAAAAGGAAGAUCAACAUGAGUGGGUACAUCUUGUUUAGCAGUGAGAUGAGAGCUGUGAUUAAAGCUCAGCACCCAGACUACUCCUUUGGAGAGCUCAGCAGACUUGUAGGAACUGAAUGGAGAAACUUGGAAGCAACAAAGAAAGCAGAAUAUGAAGAGCGGGCAGCUAAAGUUGCUGAGCAGCAGGAGAGAGAGCGAGCAGCACAGCAGCAGAAUUCCUCCCCCCGGGCAGGCACUCCUGUCGGGGCUCUUAUGGGGGUGGUGCCGCCACCAACACCAAUGGGAAUGCUCAAUCAGCAGUUGACACCCGUUGCAGGCAUGAUAAGUGGCUAUCCACCGGUGCUGCCACCUUUGCAGGGCCCAGUUGAUGGCAUUGUUAGCAUGGGCAGCAUGCAGCCACUUCACCCAGGGGUGCCCCCACCCCACCAACUCCCGCCAGGUAUGCCAGGCAUCCCAGGCAUCCCACCACCCGGUGUUAUAGGCCAAAAUGUGUCCCCCAUGGUAGGCACUCCAGCACCAGGAGCAAGUCCCUUUGGACAGCAGAUAGGAAUCCUGGGCCCGCCGGGCCAGCAGGCGCCCCCUCCGUACCCCGGGCAGAGCCCCGUCAGCCAGCCCGUCAUGCAGCAGCCCAGCACCCCCAUGUUCGUCUCCCCUCCACCAAAGACACAGAGGCUCCUUCAUUCUGAAGCCUACCUGAAAUACAUUGAGGGGCUCAGUGCUGAGUCCAACAGCAUCAGCAAGUGGGACCAGACCCUUGCAGCACGAAGACGAGAUGUGCACUUGUCCAAGGAGCAGGAGAGCCGCCUGCCCUCGCACUGGUUGAAAAGCAAAGGGGCUCACACCACGAUGGCCGAUGCGCUGUGGCGCCUGCGGGAUCUGAUGCUGCGGGACACGCUGAACAUCCGCCAGGCCUACAACCUGGAGAACGUGUAGGAACAGCAACCCUCCUGCUUCAGGAGCUUGUGGGACAAUAGCUGGUUUAGUUACUGGGUGGGAAGAGAUAACCAACAAUAAUUUGUAUUGCAUUUUACUGUACAUUGCAAGACCAUUUUUAUAUAAGGACACUUUUAAUAAGCAUAUUUCACUUUUUGUUAUAUUAAGUUGACUUUAUCAAAUACACAGAUUUUUUGCAUAUGUUUCCUUUGUUUGAAAGGCGAUUUCAUAAUUGGUUAAGUGUAGUCAAGGAUUCAUCUUUCUUAUACUUUAUUGCUGAGAAUCUGAUGCCAUUGUUUUUAUAUAAAAAAAAAAAAAGGAAAACAAAGUAUUUACAGAUUGAUACAGUGGAAUGUGAAUUAGUCAUAGUUUACAUCCUAUAAGAAUGUGUGUACCUGUGCUUGUGUGUGCUGGCCACUUCAGGAAGAACUCUUGCUCGGAUGUGAACAGAGAGGAUCUCUUAAAAGAAGCUGAAGGUGAGAAUUGCUUUGCCACUAAGGGAAAUUGGCAUUCCAAGUCAACACUGAAGCRGCUGAGUGGGCCACAGCAGCCCUGGAAGUGCUGGUGUGGAUGGGACAAGGAUGUCUUGACUGCUCAUGUUGUCCAGUCCUGUCCAKUUAUUUAACUGCGUAGCCAAGGCCAUUGUGACCCUAAAUCAGUARCAUGGUUGCUGUGCUGGCAGGCCCUUGGAGGGAAAGUGUUUCAUCUGCCAUGACCUGUGCUGGGGGUUCUGYGAUGUCCCCAACACCCAGCAGUGGGACAGGGCAGCUCCUUCCUUAAGAGAUUCUGUCUGUGCUGGGGGAGGCUCGCAGAACUUGGAACCAGCCCAGGUCUUGGAAGGUAAGUUAGGGGAGAAAARUAGAGUUGUUUUGUUAGUGGAGUCAUGUGAUGUUUUUUUAAUGCACACAUACUCUGUUCAUUAUUGGGCAUUGUAAGACAUUUUUGUAUGCUUUCUUUAUGUGUAUUCAUUAACCUUAGUGAAAGUUUUGCAAUGCAAAUUUGAAUGAAAUUUGAUACUUAAAUUAACUUGAAGGUAAAUUACUACCAUAUGGUAUGGUAUGUGUAAGGUCAGCAUACCCAGUACAUUGGAGAAAUAGAGUCCUUGAAUUGCAGCCUUCAAAGGGUUUGGKUUUUUUUUUUCUUUUUUUAAAAUCUAAGUAAAGUAGGUAUCAACUCUUCUUGCCAAAUUUCAAGGUUGUGGCUGCCUUCUGCUAAAGACUUACCUGUCCUCAUAACUAACCAACUUUUUGGUCUACAAAGUUACUUGUUUAAAGGUAAAUACUUUCCUUUGUUUAUUUUUGGAACAAGAAUUAAUACUUUCGGAUUACUUUAAGUAACUGGGAAACCUCUAUGAAUUUGAAAAAAAGUCAGCAGGAACGUGGGCACUGCAACUCAGCCCAAAUGAACUGAUUUACUAAUACGCUUCAUUUAUGCUAGAGAUGUUCAUCAUGUGGAAAUGAGUUUUAAAGUCUGUUAGUACAGAACAUUUUCAUUUCAGUAUAUUGGCAGAAGGUUAAAUUAAAUAUUUUCCUUCAAGUAUCUUGGGGUUUGUUUUGSUGAUGUAAUUAAUACUCAUGAGGGAAGUGACACUUGCAAGUAUAAACUGUGAUUUAAUUUUACUAGCCAAUUCCUCUCCCUCUCCUAUUGCAAUCCUCCAGUCACUGCACAGAAUACCCCAGGUAAUUACCAAUAGGCACUUAGUUURGGUCAGAUGUGCAAUGGCUGUGAAGGAAAUGGAGCAAAACAACAUAGAGGGAAAUGACAGUUUUGAACUCUACAAGUAGCACACCCACGGUACAGAAAUUCUUUACUGGCCUUUGUAAAUGACUGAUUUUAUUUAAUGAAGUAGUAAUUGARUAGUCUUAGACCACCCCUAUAAAAUAUAAGUUACCAUAGGUUUUGCAGUUUUUAGCCACAAAGAUGGGACGUUGAAGUGAAUCAGGCAGCAAAAUCCUAGUUUUUGAGCAUUUGGAACUAUCAUGGAUUGUACUGAUACACCACCAGAUUCUUCUACUUCUCAGCAUUAACAAAAACUACACCAAAGAACCUGGGAUGAAUUUUAAUUAAAUUAUUGUUUUAUUUAUUUUCUUUUGAGGACUGGAUGGGACUCCCUUUGGAGCCUGUAUAACUCAAAUGUUUAAUUUAUCUGAAGGUCAGUGAUGAACAGAUGUGCAGCACUGGCUCUCUCCUGCCAAGCAGCUGAAUCCCUCCUUUUGCUGCUCUUUCUGGCCCAGGAGCAAGAGAUUGGAAGUGCAAACAAAACCUGGCUCCUCCCUCAAGGCAGUGCAGAGCACUACCACUARGCCACUGGGCUGGCCCUGAUCAAUUAUUUUAAGCCUUAUUUAUUUCAAAAUUGUUUCUCUCUAUACUGGAGGCAUUUCAGUCCAUUGCAGUGAAAUUUAGGAUAUAAUGGCUACAGUCUAGAAAUCAAAACCAGCAAAAGAAACUUUUCUCUCUCUGGUUAAAAAAAAAAAAAAAAAAAAAAAAAAAAAAAGACAUGUCUGUCUGUCUCUUUUUCUCUCUUUGUGGGUGUUUGAACCCCUCAUCUGUUUUUCACUGCCGUUCAUUGUACUGGCGUAAACAAAACUUCCAUAUUAAAAUAAAAGGAUGUGUGGGCAAUGGUUGGCUUCUGUGAGAGUGGAAAAUAGAUAAAACUAGGACAGGUAUUUUCAUAAACCAGUUGGAGACAACUAAUAACUAUUUGUUCUCUUCUUCAGUCCUUCCAUGAGAAAAUUUACUGUUUGUGUAAAAAUUCAAAACGUUGAUGUUGGUGACUUUUUUUCAGCAUAUGUUUUUGUACCUGGUUUAUCCAUGUUUGGCUUUUCAUUAGAUCUUGUACUACUGAAGGCUGAGCUGCUAACCAGGUUUAUAACAUGUAUGUACCAUCACUUUGUUUACCUGAGUCUUUUUAAUUUGAAUAAAAAUAGUUUGCAAAG